AUGGCUGAUACUGCAUCCCCGUGGGCGGACGAGCAGGCAGGGGCGGAGCUGAACGCGCUAUUGGCGUUUAAGGCGUCAGUCGUGGACUUUCAGAACGUGCUGCGCUCGUGGGUCGUGCCUCGCCACGCUGCCAACUCCUCUCUCUCCCCCGACGCCUUCUUCUGCCGCUGGCGCUUCGUCUCCUGCUCCCCCCCUCCCCCGCUCGGAGCCGCAGCAGCAGGAGCGGCAGCAGGAGCAGCAGCAGGAGCGGCAGCAGGAGCAGCAGCAGGAGCGGCAGCAGGAGCAGCAAAGGGAGCAGCGGCGGAGGCGGCAGCGACCGCUUCUCGGAGAGUGAUUGCCUUGCAAAUGCCGGACUCUGAAUUUGGGUCGGACGAAUGGAUCAGUAGAGCUGAUCUGGGUGUUCUCUUGGGUUCCGUGCCGAAUGUCACAACCGCCAUCGCUACGAGUUUGGCGAACAACACGAGUGGCAGCAGUAGCAGCAGUCCGGCCAUCCCUCCUCUUCUACCGCAGGAGUUCUCAUCCCUCACCGCGCUACAGAAUCUCACCAUCAGGAACGACCCAAGCUAUCAAGCCAUUGCAGGCCUGGUUGGGGCCUUCCCAACGCAGCUCUCCGCCUGCUCGUCUCUGGGAAAACUAGAGCUCACGUUUCACCGCAUGAUUGGAGGGAUACCCGAUGGCAUCUCGCAGUUAAAGGCCCUCAAGAAGCUGAAUCUAAAUGGCAAUCUCAUCACAGGCACUCUUCCUACCGCCCUAUUCUCUCUCUCAAAUCUCGAAUUAUUAAAGCUUUCCUUAAAUGCUAUUUCCGGGCCAAUUCCGCCGCAGAUCUCUCUGCUAAGCAAGACACUUAUGGACCUGGAUCUGGGAGAGAACCAUCUCUCGGGCAGCCUGCCCAAGGAAAUCGGGCAGCUGAAAAAACUCGGGAUGAAACCGGCCUUCGCGGGCUUAUCCCUUCAAGGCAACAACUUCUCAGGAUCCCUACCAGCUUCUAUCUCCAACCUCCAGUCUCUUCAGAACCUCGAUUUCAGCCACAACCAAUUCUCUGGCUCGCUCCCACAGGGAGGCGCGUUCCUCUCAGCCUUCACAAACCUGGCUACUCUCCAGAUCACCAGCAAUCACUUUACCGGGUCCCUGCCACUCUAUUUCGCAUGCACCACGAGCAUCCUCGCCAUCUCGUUGGGAUCCAACCAGUUCUGGGGGACUCUGCCAGGGAGUCUAGACAAAUGCGCCAUGAUGCUCCUAUAUUUGGAUGUGUCUAGCAACAACCUCACGGGACCCCUGCCGCCCAGCCUCUGGAAGUCUCUCUCUGCGUCUUACAUGCCGUUAUCCUUGCAGCUUCAGAAGAACAGAUUUUCGGGCAGCCUGUCGCCCGUCUUUGCAGAGAUUGCAAUGCUCGUGCAGUUUGAUGCCAGUGACAACAAUCUUUCCGGUUCGCUGCCCGAUUUGAAAUCUUGUCCGCUUGCCACAGAGCUGGCUGCAGUACUACUGGCGAAUAAUUCCUUCACGGGCAGCAUCCCCCCGGGUUUCAUUUGCAAGCAGAUUAUGUUUCUAGACCUGGCAAACAAUUCUCUCUCAGACCACAACAAUUUCUCCGGCCCCGCUGCUCCUGAAGCGCUCGCCACGUGCCAUAACAUCAUUUUCUACGAUGCUUCCAACAACCAGCUCUCAGGAACUGCAGCUGACGUGGUUGACAAGCUCUCAAAAUCCGUUGUUCUGGUGUCGGUUCGGCUCGGUGGUAACCGUAUCAAGGGAGAAAUCCCUGAGAACAUUUUCCUCCUAAGCUCGUCCAGAGAGCUGAACCUGUCGAGCAAUGUGCUCGCGGGUUCGAUUCCCAGCGCCGUCGCUUUGCUGAACCGGCUGCAGGUUCUGGACGUGAGCGGCAACGGGUUGUCCUCGUCCCUCCCCUCCUCGCUCAGCUCCUUGUCAUACCUCUCGCUGCUAGACGUCAGCCGCAACGGCCUCUCCGGCCCCAUCCCACCGGAGCUCGCCCCGCCCUUCCUGCCCUUCCUCUCGCUGUUCAACGUCUCUCACAACACCUUCUCCGGCUCAAUUCCCUUUGGCUUCUCCAAUACCAACACCACGGCCACGGCGCUCGACUUUUCAUACAACAACCUCUCCGGGCCGAUCUACCCGGGCAACCUCUCGCUGCUCCCCACCUCCGCCUUUGCCGCCAACCCCGCCUUGUGCGGCGGAGCUGGCUACCCCGACUGCCCGGCCCCGCCCGGGCAGGCGCUGUCGACGGGGGCGGUGGUGGGGAUCGUGGUGGGGUGCGUGGCGGCGCUGGCCUUGGCGGUGGGCGGCGUGUGGUACGCGCUGUUCUACCAGCGCAGCACGGGGCUGGAGGGCGGCACCAUGCUCGUCUUUGAGCGCCUCGACUUCAAACUCAACAUCCGCUCCAUCCUCGACGCCACCGACACCUUCAACGAAAAGUUCCUUGUUGGCCGGGGUGGUUUUGGCUCCGUUUACAAAGCGACACUAGCGGACGGGCAGGAGGUGGCGAUAAAGCAGCUAGCACAGGGCUCCUCCCAGGGCCAGCGGGAGUUUGAGGCGGAAAUGCACACACUGGGAGCAGUGCGGCACCGCAACCUGGUGGUGCUGGUGGCGGCAUACCUCUCCCGCCCGCCCUCCCAGGAGCGCCUUCUCAUCUACGACUUCCUGCCGGGAGGCUCCUUAGAUGACAUCCUCAGCCGCGACAUGGCCAAGGGCUCUCCCAUGCAUCGCUGGGAGCGCGGGCGGCUGUCGUUCAAAAGCGACGUGUUUGCGUUUGGGGUGGUGGCGCUGCAGGUAGUUACCGGGAAGCUUCUCUUGGAUAAAGUCCUGUCAGAAACGGUUAUAUCUCGGUGGGUCAGUACGAACCCGCUGGAGGAGAUUGUGGACCGUCGGAUCGAGAACUGGGAGAAAUACACGGAUGAGAUGGAGGCGGUGGUGAUGCUAGGUCUCAUGUGCACGGCUCGAUUGCCGGCAGACCGGCCUUCUAUGGUUGAGGCUCUGGAGGUGCUUGAAGGGCUUAGCACGUUUGCUCUCAGCAUGAGGAAAGGGGAGAGCGGGAGGGGAGAGAGCGGGAGGGGAGAGAGCGGGAGGGGGGGGAGUGUGAGGGGGGAGAGCAGGAGGGGGGGGAGUGUGAGGGGUGAGAGCUUGGAGGUGCGUGGGUGUGAGGAAGGAAGUGAGGGAACAGAAGGCCAUGAGGAGGUGUCGUCGGUUGGGAUAGAGAAUGGUUCGGGUAGGAGACAGGAGGAGAAGCAGGAGGAGCGAGAGGAGGUGAAACUGGAAGUGAAUCAGGAGGAGAGAAAGCAGGAAAAACAGGAAGAGAGAAAGGAGGAGAAACAGGAGGUGAGUAAGGAGGAGAUACAGGAAGAGAAGCAGGAGGAGUGA